CUUCAAUCAGAAGACUUGGAUCGCUAAUGCGUGUCUUGUCGCUCAACAUGCUCAACUAGAAUCUGUUCCUGCGUCCUUUGCCGGCAAUGCCACCCUUCUGGAGUUACGCCUCAUAAUAUCAGAAUCGAUCAAGCAGGGUCUUGAAAAUGUCUGUGCAGCGCCGUUUAAUAUAUUUUGGAUCUCGGGAGGUUUGUUCAUUUGGUUGUCAAGGGGCAUGGCGAUCGCAAAGGAGGUCAUUCAGUUCGUCGACGCCUGUAGCCGCUGCUCCGAUAUAUGGAGCAGCAGAGGAAGAGGUGCAGGCUGCACGAAAAUACUGCACUGCUCUAGUCUCCAAAUAUGACCGACCAUCCUACACUCUCAGUACUUUCAUUCCACCUCAGACGCAAUCCUUCUACCUUGCGCUGCGAGCGCUGAACAUCUCUCUGUCCACGAUCCCCGACACCACUUCCUCUCCUACUAUUGGACUAAUGCGGUUGCAGUUCUGGCGGGACACUGUGACCAAGACCCUUGCCGGUUCGCCUCCAAAAGAGCCCGUCGCCAUCCUCUUGGGCUCUGCGGUUGCAGAGCUCGACGCCAGAACGAAUGGCCGCGCGCGGAUCAGCAAAGGCUGGCUGCUACGAAUGAUCAACGCGCGCGAGCAGACGCUCACCAAUGAUCCGUACCCCAACAUCGCCGCUUUGGAAUCCUACGCCGAGAACACGUACUCCACGCUGCUCUAUCUGACGUUAUCUGCGAUGCCCAUGACCUCCGUGACGGCUGACCACUUCGCAUCACACAUCGGCAAAGCGGCCGGCAUCGCUGCCGUGCUGCGCGGACUACCCCUCGUAGCAUUCCCCCAACCUCCCAAGCAAGGUGCUGUGAUGCUCCCGCUCGACAUCAUGGCGCAGGCUGGCGUCAAGGAGGAAGAGGUUUUCCGCCAGGGCGCCGACGCGCCGGGCCUGCGCGACGCAGUCUUCGCUGUAGCCACCCGCGCAAGCGAUCAUCUCAUUACCGCCCAGCAGAUGCUCCGCAAUCUGCGUGCUGGUGAGGACGUCGGCCACGACUUUGAACAUGAAGGCGAAGAAGGACAUGAGUACGAUGCCCCCUCUGCUUUCGAUGUGGAACGGCCCGAGUCGCCUCUAGACCAGGUCAACCGCGCGUUCGGCGUCUUUAUGCCGGCUGUUGCGACGCGCCUGUGGCUCGAUAAACUGGAGAAGGCCGACUUCGAUAUCUUCAAGCCCGAGCUACUCGCCUCGGACUGGAAGCUACCUUGGAAAGCCUAUUUUGCAUUCAAGCGACGAGCAUUAUGAACUUUGUCAUUUUGAAUACUGUUGCCUGGAUUCAGAUCAAAACAAUAUUCAUCAUGUAUUGAUUGUAACAUAACGAUAUCUAUACUAUACACCAAGGGCAGUUUCCACAUGGAAUAGCCGUGUACUGUACACUAUACAAUAGAGAUAUAAAUACAUCCCAUC